AUUAUUUCCCACAAUGCGUUACGAUAAUCAGUUUGCAAAUGGCCGCCAUAUUUGUUGUCGUUUGCUCUCGCUUUUGGACUAAAGAAUAGCAAUAAACUUUGACAUUGUUUGGAUUAAUUAGAACAAGACGCGAUGGCCGCCAUGAUGAAUUUCACCAGCCCAAAAUGAGCAAGACAGCAGACAAUCUUGAUAUCACAGACCUUGACUUCAACAAGCCAUUGUUUGGUGACAUCCCAACCAAGACCACCUCAAAGCUACCAUCAACCGACUACAACAAUGAUGAGAGUUACAAGCAUUCACUGCCCAGACAUAAGGUGAAGGAAGAGGAUCAUGUGUCAAACAACUCCGAGUCUAAUUCAAACAACUCAAGCGGGUCAGGAUCAGAAUCUGAGUCUGACUCGGAGAAUUCAGCCUCUGAUGGGUCAGGUAGCGAUGAGAAAUCAGGAAGUAGUGCUUCAGGAAGCGAGGGUGAGGUCACACCUCGGAAAGAUAGUAAAGAAUAUGGGUCACAACUGAGGUUGCAUGACUCUGAUACACAGGAUGAGCCGAAAGCCAAAAAGGGCCGGGGUAGACCGAAGAAAGAAGAAAUAUUGCAAUUAAAAGAGGAAAACGAUAAUUUUGGAGAAAGAGACCGCCGUGAUCCAAAGUUCUGGCAAGAGGACCCAGACUUGUAUGGGGUUCGGAGGUCAGGCCGGGCCAAGAAGGAACCAACCAGAUAUAAUGUAGGGUUAAGUAGCAGCGAUGAGGAACGGCCAAGAAGGAAAAGACGAAAUACUGGACAGAGAAAAAAUUCUGGUGAGUGGAACAGUGAUAGCAGUAAUAGUGAGGCAAGUUCAACGGAGAGGUACAAGCCCAUUCGACAGGCUGUGAACAGGGUACGGAAAGGCAAGCGGGGGCGGCCUGCCAGGUCGUCUGCAGGAAAUGUAUCCCGGCAAAGAAAACCACAAUUGUCUUCUGGCUCAGAGGGUGACAAUUUCUCCGAUAGUGGGAGUGAUUAUGACGAGGCCAGUCGGAGCUUUAAAUCUUACACCAAACGAUCGGCUGCACAGAAAGUCAGCUACAAGGAGGACACUGAUGGAGCGACAGACAGUGAUGACAUUAUCGAGGGCCCGGAAGACGAUGUUAAUGUGGUGAAGGAAGAUGAAAACCCUGAAGGGAUUGACAGAAUCCUUGACCACAGGGAGGGGAAAAAGGGAGCAACAGGAGCUAAGACGACAAUCUACAACGUCGAGGCAAACGGCAACCCCAACAUUACCCUACCUGAGAACACGGAGCGUGAAACACAGUUCUUUAUCAAAUGGAAGGGCUGGGCCCACAUCCACAACACAUGGGAAAACGAGGAAACUCUGCGGGAACAAAAACUCAGUGGGCUGAAAAGGCUUGAUAACUACAUUAAAAAGAUGGAUGAAAUUAAUGAAUGGAAGCGGUUUGCUUCGCCGGAUGACAUAGAAUACUAUGAUGUCCAGCAAGAAUAUAACGAAGAUCUGUAUAAAAACUGUCUCGCCGUGGAAAGAAUCAUUGCGCACUCUGAUGAGAAAAACAGCAAUGAAGGGAAUGGUUUCCCUGAUUACUUGUGUAAAUGGACAGGCUUGCCUUAUUCUGAGGUUUCCUGGGAGGACGGGGAACUUCUGUCUGCCAAGUUUCAGGACAGAAUUGACAAUUAUAUGGUGCGGAAUAAGUCACAGAAAAUCCCCACAAAGCUGUCUCGAGUGUUAAAGAACCGUCCAAAAUACCUGCCGCUGAAAAACCAGCCCAGUUUUAUUGGUAGCGAUGACCUACAGUUACGAGACUAUCAGCUUGAUGGUGUCAACUGGCUUAUGCACUCCUGGUCAAAGGAGAACAGUGUUAUACUUGCUGAUGAGAUGGGUCUCGGUAAGACAAUCCAGACCAUUGGCUUCGUGUCCAUACUAUACAACAUGUACCAAUUGUACGGGCCGUUCAUCAUUGUCGUUCCCCUCUCCACAGUGGUAGCCUGGCAGCGAGAGUUUGAGAACUGGUGCCCUGACAUAAACGUUGUCAUAUACCUUGGUGAUGUGAACAGUAGAAACAUUAUCCGGGAUCAUGAAUGGUGUCAUCCUGGAAACAAGAGAUUAAAGUUCAAUGUCGUGGUCACCACGUACGAGAUCCUGCUGAAAGAUAAGGCCUUCCUUGGUGCUGUAAGCUGGGCAGAGCUGAUUGUUGAUGAAGCCCAUCGCCUGAAGAACACUGACUCCCUCCUCUACCGAACGCUUAUGGAAUUCAAGGCUAACCACAAGGUUCUCAUCACCGGUACACCGCUACAGAACUCCCUCAAGGAGUUGUGGGCUCUACUGCACUUCAUCAUGCCUCUCAAGUUCCCUAAGUGGUCGGAGUUUGAAGAAAAGCACUCACGAGCGGACAAGACCGGCUUUACCCAGCUACACAAGCAGCUAGAGGCCUUUCUUCUCCGGCGGGUGAAAAAGGAUGUGGAGAAAUCACUGCCAGCCAAAACAGAACAGAUCCUCCGUGUUGAGAUGUCCUCCAAACAGAAACAGUAUUACAAAUGGAUCUUAACAAAAAAUUACAAGGAGUUGAACAAGGGGGUCAAGUCAAGUAUCUCAUCUUUCGUGAACAUUAUCAUGGAGUUGAAGAAAUGCUGUAACCACCAGCUGCUUGUGCGGCCAGAAGACAGCGAGGAAAACUCUGUCGACCACCUUCAGAACCUGAUCCGUGGGAGUGGUAAGCUGAUCCUGCUGGACAAGCUGCUUCUGCGACUAAAGGAGAAGGGCCAUCGUGUUCUCAUAUUUUCACAGAUGGUGCGCCUUCUAGACAUUCUCAGCGAGUACCUUCAGAUGCGACACUUCCAGUUUCAGAGGUUGGAUGGCUCUAUCCGAGGUGAUCUUCGCAAAACAGCCCUUGAUCAUUUUAAUGCAGAAGGUUCUCAGGACUUCUGUUUCUUGCUGUCAACUCGUGCAGGAGGUCUAGGUGUAAACCUGGCAACUGCAGAUACUGUGAUAAUAUUUGAUAGCGACUGGAACCCUCAGAACGACCUGCAGGCACAGGCAAGGGCUCACAGGAUUGGCCAGAAAAACCAGGUGUCAGUGUACCGACUGGUGACAAAGAACAGUGUAGAGGAGGAAAUUGUGGAGAGAGCUAAACGGAAAAUGGUGCUGGAUCACCUUGUUAUUCAGCGUAUGGACACAACUGGCCGUACGGUUUUGAAUAAGGGCGGUGGAGAUCUCACUAAUACCAAGACACCAUUCAGCAAGAAUGAGCUGGCUUCCAUACUCAAAUUUGGUGCUGAAGAGUUGUUUAAAGAAGAUAAUGAUGACGAGGAACCCCAGGUAGACAUAGAUGAGAUCUUGCAGCAGGCUGAGACUCGAGAGAUGGCUGAAAAUAACGGGGUCGGAGAUGAACUUCUCUCACAGUUCAAAAUUGUAACCUUUGAAAACCUUGAGGAUGACGAGAUUGAAUCCACUGGUAAGGACUGGUCAUCCAUAAUUCCCAAAAACGACAUAGAAAGAGUAGAAGAAGAAGAACGACAGGAUUUACUUCUCGAACUCAACCUUCCCCCGCGGCAACGCACUACCCUAAAGCAGCUUGAGAAGAGCUAUGACAGUGACAAGGAAAACGACGACGAUGAUGAUGAUGAGGAUUCAGGGAGUGAUGAUGAUCGGCCAAAGAAACGGGGCCGGCCCCGAGCUGGCGGCAAGAAUGACCAGAUAAAGGGCUUCACUAAUGCGGAGAUACGACGCUUUGUGAAGAGCUACAAAAAGUUUGGGGAUCCUCUCUCAAGGUUAGAUGACAUAGCGUGUGACGCGGAGCUCCAGGAGAAGUCGGAGUCAGAUCUCAGGAAAAUGGCGGAACUGCUCAAGUCCCAGUGUGAUCACGCUUUUAAGGAGUUCAACUCCAAAAAACAGCUGGAGGAACAGAAUGGGGAGACUCCUGCAAGCAAGAAGGGUCCACGAAGCAUCAACUGUAAGAUUGCGAGUGUGAUAGUAAAUGUUCAGUCGAUUGUGAAGGCUGGUGGAGAUCUGGAACCUCUAGUCAGAUACAUACCCAAGACGAAGUCUGAAAAGAAAAAGUUCCGUAUAGACUUCCACUGCAAGGCUGGUAACUUUGACUGUCCCUGGGAUGUGGAGGAGGACUCGGCACUGCUCAAGGGAAUCUAUGAUUACGGUAUGGGUAACUGGGAGCAGAUCAAGAUGGACCAGGAGCUUGGCUUGUACAGUAAGAUCCUGCCAGAUGGGGACAAGAAACCCCAGGCGAAACAUCUCCAGACCCGUGCAGACUACCUGCUACGACUGCUGAAGAAACACCUGGAUGGGACAGGGGUUGUCUCGAGGCCUUCUGGGAGAGGUCGAAAAAGCAAGAAAUUGAUGAAGUCCAAAGCAGAAGUGCCGGAUUAUGUGGAUGAUUCCGACUCUAGUGCUAAAAGUGCUAAUGACACAAACCAAACUGCCCCGGAUCAUACCGGCACCCAAAAAUCACAUAAAAAGGCUGACAAAAGUGAUAAAGACACUAGCAAAAAGUCAGACGAUCAUGAUCAUCAUCACCACCACCAUCAUCAUAAUAAACAGGAGAAGAGGAAGAAAGAGAAAGAGAAAAAGAAGAAAAUGAAAGAGAAAGCGGGGCCAAUGCAUUUCACAGCUAUCAAUGAACCUGUAGCGAUCUCACAAGACGGCGAGUUUGAUGGAGAACUGCCUGAAGAAGUCUUCAAAGAGUGUAAGGAGCGUAUGCGUCCCGUGAAGCGUUCCCUGAAGCACCUGGAUCGGCCCGAGGAGGGUUUAUCAGACCGAGAUCAGGUGAUCCACACACGACAGUGCCUGCUCAAGAUAGGGGAUCGAAUCAACGAAUGUCUCACAGAGAUGAACAACCCUGAGAAGAUUAAACAGUGGAGAUGCUACCUGUGGAUAUUUGUGUCAAAGUUCACCGAGUUUGAUGCUCGGAAACUCCACAAAUUGUAUAAACAUGCCCUGAAGAAGAGGGACGAGGAAAGAGACAAAGAUGAGAAUUCCCAUCAGUCGAAAUCUCAGCAAGGCAAUGAUAAUCACCACAAGAGAUCGCAUGAAGACGGCAAGUCCUACAAUAGUAAACGGUCUCACAUUGAACAUGACAGUUCAAGCAACAGUAACUGGUCCCGUCCAAGCACCACCGCGCCCCAUUCCCUCGCUACCACCACAUUCCAAAAUGCAUUUAACAACUCAUCGGUGACUGUAUCCAGCCCCUCUGACCGUUGGAAGCAGUCAAGUCCCCUUGAUCAGCGUGCCCAACCUGAGAAAAAACCUUACAGCCGAAAUAGGUAUGAAGGUGGCAACAGUUCCUACUCCAGAGGGGCUGGAGGUCAGUACCCUCACCACGAUCAUCCCCGCUUCUCCGACCACAAACCUCACUACGGCGGUGAUAACAAGGGGUUUAAUGAGCGGCGUGAGGGUGGUCAUAUCAGUGGUUAUUCCAAGAGAGAGUAUGGCCCCAAUUCUAACCCCUAUGGCUUCCGCGACCCGCGUAAUGAGGGGAUGCGGUCUGAUUACCGGAAAUAUGGCAGUGGUGGGGGCUAUCGGGACUACCCUCCCGCUUCCGGGCGGGACUCCCAUGUUAACAGCAGUUUUUCACAUGAUCGAAAAAGAAGGAAUGAGUACAGCUACGACCGGGAGGCUCGAGACCCACGCUAUCGCAAGGAACAGAGACUGGAUGACAGCUACUCGUAGUCCAAGAGCCAGAAAUACAGGAGGUGUUCAUUAAGUGACUGGCUCAAUAUGUGUAUCGAUACUGGCUCAGUCUGUGUAUGACUGGCCCAGUUUGUGUCAAAAUGUCCUGAUUUGUGCCUGACUGGCCCAGUUUGUGUCAGAAUGUCCUGAUUUGUGCCUGACUGGCCCAGUUUGUGUCAGAAUGUCCUGAUUUGUGCCCGACUGGCCCAGUUUGUGUCAGAAUGUCUUGGCUCAUUUGUGUCUGACUGGCUCAGUUCGCAUAUAACUGGCUCUGUUUGUUCAUGAGUGGCUUUGUUUGUGCUGACUGGCUCAGUUGUGUCUGAUAUGCUCAGUUUCUGUUUGUGUGUAGCUGGCCAGGUUUGUGCCUAGCUGGCUCUGUGCCUGACUGGCUCAGUUUCUGACUUGUGGUUUGGGAAUAGAAUAUGCUUGAUUGACUGUGAUUAAAGCCAAUGUUUGUGCUUCUUCUGGUGUCUCCCAAUGAGGAAAUAAUAGACUGGAUAUUACCAGCAGAGAGUUGAUUGAUAAGAAGGCUUAAGGCUAUUGUUACUGUUGUUAUUAGCAGAUAUUGGGACAGGAAAAUGUAUGGUGUUCAGUUGAACAGUCUAGUUCAGGACUUGUCAUAGAGUCAACUGUCAAUUAGGACAAGUGGGCAAUGACGGGUUGUUUGUUGCACCUCGUUGGUGCAUGGUAGAAAAUCGGGCAUUGGAAAGUGAGGCAAGGGUGGUUGUUUUUUUGGCAGGAAAGUGAGGAUUGAAUAUCACACCCGGUGUGUCCAGUGAUAGUUAGAUGUAAUAGACUUUAAUAUAUUGGCCAAAUAGUGGUGUCAUUGUGAUAAAUGUCUAUAGGACUGGCACUAGGAAUAUCUUGGUCGACAACUAUGGUAAGGUAAAAACAGUUAUUCAUUGCCAAGUGUAAUUUUCACAAAUAAGUGCUAAACCUUCCUGCCAACUGUCAAAUAUUAAGACUAUUGAUGAUGUUCAGCUCAUGCCAUAUUUUGUCUUUUUUUAAAACGUGCUUCAUUUAAGCAUUUGUCUCAUAAACCAAAUUUGAUGUUAGCUUGGUCUGAUAAAACGAUUAAUAAGUGAUGAAAUAUUGAUGUAAUUUUUUUUUUAGAAUUCUGAACAUCAAUUUUUUUGAUAAUUACGAAUAAGAGACUGGAAAGGUCAAUGGUACGAUAAUGUAUUGUAUACUGAUAAUAAGAAAGGGCCUAAGGCUAUUGUUACUUAUGUUGUUAUAACUGGUUUCUGACAGAUGAUCGUAAGAUCCUUCAAAGAGAAAAUCAGCUGGGCCUGUUCUAGGGAAAAUAAUCUCCUUAUGCUUGCUUUGAAUAGUGAUCAGAAAGAGUGUAAUUUUAAAUGUAUUAUAAGGCAGCUACUUCCUUGAGUGGAUUAAAUGUUCAGACAAUUGUGUGAAAUAAAUGUGAGACGAAUGGUAUUCAAAAUAGCUCGGAAGAUAAUGAAUUUUCCGAAUUCAAGAUACUUGUUUAACUUGUCAGUAAUAUUUACCUGAGUUUCAGUUGUAACUUAUUUUGUUUCCACUACAAGGAUGUAAUUCACAUUCAUAUGCAUGUAACAUUUGUAAAUAUUCACCUCGACUAUCGUACCCAUCAACUUUGUACAUAGACCAUAAGUUUACAUACUUGUUAUAUACAAUGAUCUGUGCUCAUGAAUGUAAUUUUUCCUGUCUGAUUGAUUUUACCUUGCUCUGUUGAACAAUUGUAAAAGGCUUUGUGAAUGCGUAUCCAGUGCUAACAUAGUGCCUAGCCAGCACAUUUGAUUAGUUUUCUGAUUUCUUGAUUUUUUACUUGCUUGUUUUGUAAUCAGAAUGAGCUUAAAUUUGCUUAUAUGAUUACUGAACUACUGAAAAGCUAACAAUAUUCAAUGGCAUUUCUUGUUUGUCAGUUUGAAUGUACCUUGUACGUUUUAAAACUUGUGUACAAAAGAUAAAACAGGGCUGUACUUGCAAUAGAUAGUAUAAAGUGCUUCAGUAUGUUUUACACUCCCCAGACAUGCAAUCUUUCAGUAUCUGGAUCUAUCACAAUUUUUAUUUAUUAAAGUAUCUGUAGCUGUUUGUCAGUUACAUUAUGUCGUUUAGCCGGAAAAAAAGAAACUGUGAAUGAUAAGAAAAUUGUCUCAACCCUUUACUUCAUAUAGAAGUGGCCACAUCAAUCCCCUGGUUUUAUAACUUGAGAGUAAAUAGGCUUAUCUAUGAGACUAUGAAUAGAAAAGUUAAAAGGCGUAUCUAUGAAGGGAAGGGUUAAAUUACAUCAAGGCUUUUGGUGAUAACAUGCUAUUUACCUCAAUUAUUUGACACAUGAAUGUAACUGUGAUGCAGAGAGGUACUUUCUCAAAGAUUGUGACAAUUUAGAAUUAAGUAAUCUUUAUGAAGUGCUAUUUCUGGGGUUAUUUUAGAUCUGGUGUAUUUUUUGCAUGCACAGUUUCUUUCUUCUGCUAGUACUUACGGUCUACACGGAUGCUAUUCACCUUUUUUUACCACUUACACAAUGGCUUACAAAAUAUUUACUAUUAUAACCCAAGGGUUAGUCUGAGCUCAUUGAAAGCACACACUUGAUGUUUAAGGCCAUAAGCAGUUGUUUCUUUAACGUUGGAGUUUUAUAUUUUCUAUAAAUAUUUUUGCACAUUUGCAAAAUCAAAUUUGGACACAUUUUUUCGAGACUGUGAUUUCUUGUAAAAUUUAAGCACUUAGCUUAAAAAUGUAAGUUUUGUUAUAUUUUUUUUUAUUGGAGAUAAUUAUCAAUUAAAAUAAAUUUAUUGCAAAUUCAAUAAUGUUUGUGAUGUCAUCUGCAAAGCAUGGCAGAAACUUGAUUGGGAUUACUUUGUCCAGUGUCUUUUGCAUUGGCAUCAUCAUCGUCUCCAUCACACAUUUGUUUCUGAUCAAUAUCUUUUGAACAACUUGGUGUAGAGUCUUUAAUCUUCGUGUGCAUUAGCCAUGGUCAAUAGAUGGCCUGUAUUGAUUUUAAGGUCGAAGGUCAAGGUCAAUUAAAAAUUGGGGGGGGGGGGGUGCUGUUGUUUCUGUUCAAUAACUAUUGAAUGACAUUUUGUAUAAUCUUCAAACUUGAUAUGCACACUAGCCAUUGUCAGUAGAUUAUUCCUGUUAAGAUCAAUAGGUAAAAGGUCAAGGUCAUGAUGACAUCCGACAGGAAACACAUCUGAUUCACUAUGUUCUAGUUAUAAUUUUUGACAUCUUUUUACAUGCACAUUACCAAUUCUUAACAAAAUAUUCUGACUUUAAACAUUAACGACAAAACCUGCUGGAUCAGCUUUUAGUUUAAACCAAAUUAUGGUCUCAUCAAGUUAUUGUUAGGUUGUUCUCUUGUAUAACCAGUGUGAUAGUAUGAAUGGAAAUAACAUAUUUAUUACUUUAUAUAAAAAAACAUUGUAUAUAACAUUAUGAAAACAUCUUGAAUGGCAUUUCAUUUUCUCACAUUCAUGUAUUAUAUUGAAAAUGCAUUUACAUUCUUGCUAAUAAAUCAUUAUGUUGUUAAUGUAUUUUUUAAAGUUUUGUUGUGUGAUUUGUGAAUCAUUUUACUUCUUUGCAAAAGAAUUGUGAAUAAAAAUGAUUUAUUGAUAAAAUGCAAAAAAGUAUUAAAAUUAUGA